CUGUCCCUCCGCUCGACCCACGCAUGGUCGUCCUUUCGACUCCAUAUACGCCUGCCUCUCGACGCCUUCCACUGUCGACCUUAUCGAUCCUCCUGUCCUUGCACAUUCAUUCCUUCCCCUCCUCACAUAUAUUUCACAUUUUCAGUCAUUCUGCCCGCCCUCUCUCGUUCUGCGUUAUUAUAGAGACCCCAUGCGCACUCGACCUCUCGCCUAUUUGCCUGCUCGAAGUGCUCUGAUGCUACGCCCUCGUUUUGUCGUCCCCGCCGGCUCCCCUCUCGCUCCCCAGAUCAAUUCCCACGCUCAUGCCAAAGGAACUGCGAUAUCCGCAGGGAAGCGAGCGCAUUCCAGUCCGUGUGCACCGCGCCGCACUCUGCCUCAAGCAGAAGCUGCAAAGACGCGGUGCGCAUCGCGUUCCAGAAGACUCAUCUUCCAGCCCCUCCAUCUCUCCCCACGUCUCUACCCCUCCCACUGCCGCAGACUACACACCUGCCCUUAGCACGUUCUUCAACAUCACAAAUGGCUCCGAGCAUGCCUUGGGCAAACAGAACGCAACACACCUUGUCUAUCAGGAACGUCACCGCACUGCGACGCAGCGUCAAGUGGGAGCAGCUAGGCUGGCCUGAGGUAGAUUGGUCGCUGAAGAAGUGAGGGAUCGUUAUUGUUUGCACACACCCUGACACACACGGUAUGAGAGGAUCUGACAUACUCUCCCACUCGUACUAUCGGCAACUGAUUUAACAUGCUUUGUGCGCAUAUAUACGCGCUCCCACUCUUAGCUAUUUUUCAAGUACCGCUUCUACCUGUGGUUAGAUUUUUUUUCUCUCUCUGUAUGUAUAUCACGACCCUGCAAACCAUCUCUUCCUCUCCUAAAGAAGAGGCUAUGUC